AUGGCAACUGCUCAGAAGCAAAGGAACUGUGUGAGUGCAGUUGUAUUUCCUACCAAAAUAUCUACUGAACAGCAAUCCCUGAUGCUAGUGAAGAGGCUCCUGGCAGUAGCAGUAUCCUGCAUUACAUAUCUGAGAGGAAUCUUUCCUGAAAGUGCCUAUGGAACAAGAUACAUGGAUGAUGUCUGUGUCAAAAUUCUGAGGGAAGACAAAAACUGUCCUGGCUCUACUCAGCUGGUGAAAUGGAUGUUAGGAUGCUAUGAUGCCUUGCAGAAGAAAUAUCUAAGAAUGAUUGUCCUAGCAGUCUGUACUCAUCCAGAAGAUCCUCAGACAAUUACAGAAUGUUACCACUUCAAAUUCAAGUACACCCAGAAUGGGCCACUCCUGGAUUUCAGCAGUAAGAAUAAAAGGAAUGAUUCCACAAUCACCUGUGCAGACACCAAGAAAGCAAGUAUCCUCCUCAUUCGCAAGAUUUAUGUGCUGAUGCAAAACCUGAGUCCGUUACCAAAUGAUGUUUGCCUGACUAUGAAGCUGUUUUAUUACGACGAAGUUACACCACCUGAUUACCAACCUCCUGGUUUUAAGGAGGGUGAAUGUGAGGGGAUGAUAUUUGAGGGGGAGCCUAUGUAUCUUAAUGUGGGUGAAGUGCCAACGCCUUUUCACAUGCUGAAAGUUAAAGUGACAACUGAAAAACAACGGAUGGAGAAUGUUGAUACAAGCAUCCUAAAGCACGGAGAGACUAAUGUGCCUCUCCAGGUGCUCAGAGUGGACAGAGAUGACCCAGAAGCAGAGAACCAGGACGUGAAUGAAAAUCCUGUCUUGGAUAAUAAAGUAGAAGAUGGGAAUAAUGCAAAUAUUUCAGAAGCUCAAGAACCAAAUUUAACUUGUGAGGAGGAUGAAGUUACAAAGGGUGGAGGGAACCAGCAUCUGUAUGUCUCUAAUCCUCAGGUCGAUCAUUUGGCAAGUAAGACGUCUGAACUUAAUGUGUCAGAGAGCAGGACAAGAAGUGGAAAGAUAUUUCAAACCAGCACUGUUCAUCACUUUGAACUCUCAUCUAGUCAAGACGUGCUGCCGAAAAGGAGAAAGAUCAGCGAACCAAAGGAGCGGUUUUAG